AAUGGAAGAAGUACUAGUACAAGGUCGUUCUAGUUCUAGAGACAAAAAAUUUGAUGCAGUCAUUGGACAUAUCGAAGACAUUGUAGUCGAUGAAGUAUUUCAAGAAAUGCAAAUGAAUUUCAUGGAUAAGCAUUGUGGUGAAUUUGAUGAUUCUGAGGAAAACAAGUUGUCCUAUACACCCAUAUUUAAUGAAUACGUUGGUAUGCUUGAGAAACACAUAGAGAGUGAACUAUUAAAAAGAAUACCUAGGUUCGAUAUGACAUCUUUUAUGAAGGACUUAGCCUCAAGAAAAACCAGUAUAAGUGAAGAGAUCCUGGAAUUAUUGAUUAGUUUUACAGACUUUUUAACAUUUAAGCAACUUAUUUUGGAUCAUAAGGCAUACAAAGAAGGAAAAUUUGAUGAUUUUUCUGUGACUGUGACACCAUUGACUAAUUUUCAAGCUGAACAAAACAGAGAAAGCAAGAAAAGAGCCGAGAAGAAAAGAACAAAGAAGAAUUUGGAACCAAAGUGGAGAAUGAAAGGAAAAGAUAGAAAAUCAAAGAAAUUGACUGGUUUAUUGACUGAAGAAAAACUUGUUAGAGAUAAAACGAGAGUAUUGCCGCCGUCUAAAAAAGCUAUUUUAAAUUUUUUAAUAUAUCUUUGUUACCCGACUUCCACCGACGACGAACGCAGACAAAACCAAAUAUACAUUUCUACUGAAUGUACGUAUAACUGCGAAGUUAACCGACGUUACAGCGACUUAGCUGCGAUGUUAAAAGACUAUCAGAAGACACUUGAUAACUCAUAUUUAUUUACAAUAACUUUAUGUUCCCAAGGCGUAUCAUUUGUACAAUCUCCAAGAAAAAUGUUAAGAAUAAUCUUUCCCUGGAAUAGUUUAUCGAAACUUACGUUGAUGCGACGUUGGUACAACGUCGUGUUGAAUUUGCAGGCGAAAUUCUUUCUAAAAUUACAAUUUGUAAAAGUUUUUGUCGCAAAAUUUCGCUAUUAUUUGUCCUCGCGAAGCAUUCUGCCCGCGAAGAUUUCUGCCCCUAAAGUAUGCGGCUACCCUAAACCCUCGACCCACUAUAUAAAGAAGGGAAAGAGAAGCACUGUGGACGAGAUUGCCACGAUUGCAUGUAUAUGUCAAACUAACGUUGUAAAAAUUUAUCUGACAAAGCUCUCCUCUAGUUCUAUUAUCACGAAACCUAAUGCAUUCACAUUUUUUUCCUUCGUCUCGUCUGUAAACUCUAAGGAAUGUUUAUACACGAUUCCCUUGAAAGGGUUGUGGCCUACCAAGCGCAUUCCCAUAAAAGAUCACCAAAGAUCUAAAGAUAAGAUAAACGCCAGGCAAAAAAUGGCUUCAGUAAAAAUUUUCACUGCGACACUACUUUGCGUCAUCAGCCUUGUGUCAUCAUCUACAACGAUAUCUGUUGCAUCGACCAUGAUGCCAACGUCAUCAAUGGCAACAUCAUCCAUGAGUAAUGGCAUGUCAGCAUCAAUGGGUGCUACCCCGUCGCUUUCAGCAAUGUCCACCGUCACUACUUCCUCAUCUAUGCAAUCGAUGCAAUCGCCAACCUCAACAUCCUCUUCUUUCUCAACAUCCUCAACAUCUUCUUCUUCAAUGUCAUCAACAUCAUCUUCGAUGUCAUCUACAACAACUUCUUCAUCGUCUUCAUCGUCUUCAUCCUCGACUUCCUCGACAGAGCAACCUAUCCAACCUACCACGACUACUCAAGCUGUGGUUCCCUCCAGUAUGAUGCCAAAAUGGACUGCAUGGAAUGACAACUGUAAAACGGAUUGCAAUUGUGAAAAUGGCAAGCCAACAGGGGGUUUGGAAGACGCCUACUAUAACGCUACUCGACAAUGUUCUCCUUCCAACAAUGUGAAUGAUUGCGUUGGUGAUAUGUAUGGUACAAAUACUACUCGGUUAUUGGCAUGCACCGAUGACUGCGAGUCGUGUAAUAGUAAUUCAGGGGCUGCAUAUGUGCACAUUUCACUACUUCUAUCAUUCGGAUCAAUCUUUACAUUGCUCACGAACUCUUUUUAAACAAAACGUUUGACACAAAUAUGUAGCGAUGCACGUGAUGGACAAGAUCACGUGCCUGAUGACGGUGCAUCACAUCGAGAUGCUAAAAACGCGUGAGUACAUCUCAACAAAUCGUUGUUCUGGCUUACAAUAAUGCGUAUUAUGAUCCUGGUUUGGGUAUGUGGAACAAAGGCUAAGAAAUUAUAGCUAGAAGGAUACAUUUAUAUUUUAUGAUUUUAUAGUUUUUAACAUUUUUUAGUAAACGCGAGUGAUAAUUUUGUUAUGUUCGUGAUAUGUUUUCAUUCUAAAACUUUGAAGAUCAAUGAGCUAAGAGAUUAUUGGAGUCAUGUUUGGUCAAGCACGUACUAAAAGUAAUUCAUUAACCGCCAUUUCUAACCGCCAUAAUUAAUUAAAUUAGCGGCACGAGAAGGCGUCUUAACAAGUGGAAGACUACCUCAUAUUAUGAAUUCGAGGUAGAAUAUGUGUAAACAUAUAUAUAAUAUAUAUAUAUAUAAUAUAUGAAAAAUAUUUUUACGUUGAUUUAUGAAAAUGUAUAGCACAAAAAAAAUUAACGCUGAGGUGCAGGAAUUAACAGUUUUUGAAAAUUAUCAAGUACGACUUUAGUUCAAAUUUCUGUGCAAGUUUCCUUUUAAAAAAAUUAUUUUCAGAAUUCUGAAUUUCGUACAGGAAGCUGAUGGCAGUUAAAUGGUACAUUAUUUUCUUUACAUCUCCUGCUGACUUGUAAAUAUCUUGAUGAGUUUUCUAUUGUGUGUUCACCGAAUAAAAUAAUUGUAUUUUUCAUAGAUGUAAAUACAUAAUUGCAUACCUGUGUAAAA